UCAGUAGGUCUGUGUGAGUUUCAUAAUGCAAAUACAGUAAUAUAGCCGCUAUAGACAGUCAUCGUUGUCACAGUCAGUCCAGGCCAUAGUAUUCAUUUUUCUUUGAUCUCGCUUCCUAGUCGAAACUUCCCCGCCGUACAUCGAUUUUCGAUAUUGUUACAUUCUCAAGUCUCCAACAUGAAUACAAGGAGAUCUGAAGAAAAUGAAAACCAAGACCAUUCAAGCAUUCUACAGUAUCCCGUUGAAAAAAUAUUACACAAACGAACAAAAAAAGGCAAAGUUGAAUACUUACUGAAGUGGCAGGGAUUCAAUGAAUUUCAUAACAGCUGGGAACCCCAAAAAAAUCUUAAAUGUGAUAAAUUGAUAAAAAAUUAUGCACACAAACUAAAACAAAACAGAUCUGAAGAAAAUCAAAACCAAGCCGUUUCAAGCAUUAUACAGUAUCCCAUUGAAAAAAUAUUACACAAACGAACAAAAAAAGGCAAAGUUGAAUACUUAGUGAAGUGGCAGGGAUUCAAUGAAUUUCAUAACAGCUGGGAACCCCAAAAAAAUCUUAACUGUGACGAGUUAAUUGAAAAUUUUGAUGUAAAAGUCAAAAAAGAGAAUAAAAAAAACCAACCUGAAUGUAAAUAUAAGUUACGAAAUUCAACAAAAACAAGUCGUGCAUCUUCGAAUUCUGAACCGCCUAAAAAAUGUUGAAUGACACCAAAAACAAAUCAGAUAAAUUGGAUACGUCUGAUAAGAUUGAAUAUACUGUACAUGAUAAUAUUGAUGGUGAACAAUAUGAAUAUGUGAAUAAUAUUAUAAAUACCAAAAUAAGGAAUUUUAAGUUUAUCUAGUUAGGAAUUUAAAUGUUUAAAUGUUGUGUUUAAACAUUCAAUAGGUACAUCUAUUUAUUAAUAAUUAAAAACAUUUCAUAUUACAAUUAUAGUGCCAAUUAAAAACAUCUAUUUGAUUUUAUUAUUGACUAAGGUAUUUAAUUUUUUAUUAUUAAGUUUAAAAAUUAUAUAUAAUUAAUUUUGUAUCUACAAAUUAUAAUUAUAAGACGUGUAAUAAUAUAAACAAUGCUGCAUUCAAAAAAAAAAAAAAAAACAAUAUAUUUUAUUAAAACUAGAAACUGAGAAAAUCAUAACAGGUUUAUUUUUUUCACCUUUAAUAGUUUAUAAGCCAGGAAUAUACAACAUUUAAUUUAUGUUAACGUAAAAUAUUUCAAUUAAAUAUUGCAUAUAGACAUAUAAUCUUCUUAUUUUAACUUGAAGAAAAAUUAUAUUAAAGUAUAUCAUUUAAGCUAUUAACACACAUAUAUAACAUUCUGACAAAACUUAAAAGCAAUUAAGAUAAUAAACAAAAUUGUAAUUUAGAUACAAUUAAUGUAUAAUAACUCCAAUCAUAAAAAACUAUUUGUACUUAUAGAAAAAAAAUAAUUGUAUUAAUGAUUACAUUUAAUUUAAACCGAUUUAGAAUAUUAGACCAUAUUGUAUCUAACCCUUACCUAAAUUAGUAAGUCAGCAUUGGGCAUUGGCACAUUUUUCGUUUUUUAUUACAAUCCUUUAGGAUUAC